AUGCGUGCCCCCUCCCCGCUCGUCCUGCGGAGUCUAGGCUCAAGGGCAGCUUCACGAGCCUGUCGCCCUGCACAGAUCACCUUCUCCCAAAACCAAAACCAGAUUACCAGGGUAUCAUCACGAUAUAUUGCAAGCUACACACACCCUCAUCAUGCCUCGGCGCUUUCCGUCCUCCCAACAGCAGUCGAUACAUCAUCACCUGAAUACCGAGAAAACAGCCAACAGAUGCAAGAAAUCCUCGACAAGAUGAACGAGCUACAUGCAAACAUCUCUAAAGGUGGUCCGCAAAAGUCACGUGAUAAGCAUAUCGCACGAGGCAAAAUGCUCCCUAGAGAUCGUGUCUCUGCUCUUAUUGAUCCCGGUACCUCGUUUCUGGAACUCUCCCCUCUAGCCGGCCACGCCGUCUACGAAGGCGAAGAUGUUCCAGCCGGUGGAAUCAUUACCGGAAUCGGAACAGUCGAAGGUGUCCAGUGCAUGAUUGUUGCAAACGACAGCACAGUAAAGGGCGGCACAUAUUAUCCCAUCACCGUUAAAAAGCAUCUACGCGCACAAGCCAUCGCUCAAGAAAACAGACUACCAUGCAUUUACCUUGUUGAUUCUGGCGGCGCAAAUCUACCCCAUCAAGCAGAUGUAUUUCCGGACCGUGAUCAUUUCGGUCGUAUCUUCUUUAACCAGGCUCGGAUGAGUUCCCUUGGAAUUCCUCAGCUGUCCGUCGUUAUGGGUCCCUGCACAGCGGGCGGUGCUUAUGUUCCCGCCAUGAGUGAUGAGACGAUCAUUGUUGAGAAUCAAGGAACUAUUUUCCUCGCUGGACCACCUCUCGUUAAAGCUGCCACUGGCGAAAUUGUCUCGGCAGAAGAUUUAGGUGGUGGACAGCUUCACUCGAGUAUUUCUGGCGUAACGGAUUAUUUAGCUGUUGAUGAUGCACAUGCUCUUAUCCUUGCGAGGAGAUCGGUUGCUAAUCUCAAUUAUCCUACAACUGAGAGUUCGCUGAAACUCGAGGGUGUGGUUAAAGAGCCACUUUAUGAUCCGGCAGAAUUGAAUGGUAUUGUGGGGACUAAUCUUCGACGACAGAUUCCUGCCCAUGAAGUCAUUGCAAGAAUUGUUGAUGGGAGUGAGUUUGCUGAGUUUAAGAGGGAUUAUGGAGCUACGCUUGUUACGGGCUUUGCGCGUAUACAUGGUCAUCGGGUUGGUAUUGUUGCGAAUAAUGGAAUUCUGUUUUCGGAGUCUUCGCUUAAGGGGGCUCAUUUUAUUGAGUUGUGUGCGCAACGGAAGAUUCCGCUUGUUUUCUUGCAGAAUAUUUCUGGUUUCAUGGUUGGUGCGGAUGCUGAAAAGGGUGGUAUUGCGAAGAAUGGAGCGAAGCUUGUAACUGCGGUUGCUUGCGCUGAUGUUCCUAAGUUUACUGUUGUGUUUGGAUCCAGUGCCGGUGCUGGCAAUUAUGGCAUGUGGUAA